GUUCAUCAGCAUCAGCUCCAUGACUGUCCUGUAGUUCUAGAUGGGAACAACAUCUACCAUUACCUCUACCUUGCCUGUCACGUGCAGUCCUACGUUGGUGGGGAUUACGAUAUCUACAGGAAGAAGGUCGUUGAAACUUUUCAGUCCUUUCUCUUGUGUGGUACAACACCUUAUGUUAUCAUGGAUGGCGCGUACACCAGGGACAACAGGAAGUUAAAAACGUGCUUGACCCGAGCCACUUGUCGGAUUAAACAGGUAAAUGCUAUGGCCUACAACCAGAAAGGACAGAUUCUACCCGUGUUGUCUUAUGAAGCUUUCAUACAAGUUCUAGAGGAAUGGGGGAUACUCCAUGCUACUUGUCAGUUUGAGGCUGACCUUGAAAUAGCUGUACUGGCCAACAAGCUCUGCUGCCCUGUAAUAAGUAACGACAGUGAUUUUUAUAUCUUUGAUCUCAAUGGGGGUUUUCUCCCUUUAGAUUAUAUUGAUUUCAGAGCGUUAACAAAACAGCUUGGUGAUUCUUCAGAUUACAGAUUCCUACAUUGUUAUAAAUAUAACGUCGAUGACUUUAUUAAUUCAUUUGAUGGGCUCAGUCGUUCAUUAUUGCCUGUGUUUGCAAGUAUGCUUGGGAAUGAUUUUAUAAGUUCAAAGGCUUUUUGUCAGUUUUAUCCACGCGUCAAAGUUCCAAAAUUGGUGUCAAAAAAAUUUGCAAUGCCCCAGAGGCUGACCAGAGUCAUCGGUGUUCUUCAUUGGCUACACACCCACGAGGAUGAUACUCGUCUCAGUCAUUAAAAAAAAAAGCUUUUGGACUUCAUCAAACCCAGGCAGAAGGACAGAAUUGAACAGAAACUUACGCUGUCUGUUAGCGGAUACGAGGACAUAAGCAAAUUUAGUGGCUUUGGUCUCUACCAGUUUUUCACAACUGGUGUGAAAGACUGGUGCUCGACUAGUAAUGAAGAUUUUCGUCGGUAUAAUGGGGCAGCAUUUCCUGAUUGGUUUCUGGAGUCGACGUGUCGUGGGGACAUCACUCCAUUUCUUCUUAACUCUGCCAUACUCCACAGAAUUAUUAUCCUUACACAAGUAGAAAACUUGAGUUCCCCCCCCCCCCUUCUUUCAUAUGCUCAGCAGAUAUUAGACAAAUUAUCAAUGGAAUUUUGUUCAAAGAUGACCCACCUGGUGGUACGGAAAAUAAAAUAUCCGCCAAAAGUUUAG